AUGACCUUCCUCACUCUGACGCCUUGGUUGCAUCGUAAUGUGUAUGACGAGGAUGGAAGGGUCUGGUACGAGGAGUGCAUCUCGGCCAGAUUUAUUCGGCCUAUUGAAGAGGCUGUGAGGGGGGCUUUGAAGAACGCUGAUUGGGACCCCCUCCCUCCCCAGGCUGGCAAGGGGAAGAAGGCCUCGGCCGUGCUUUCUCGACCGACCCCAGGUCGUAAGAGGGGUAGAGAGGCUGCGAAUGCCGAGGUCGCAGUAACCGAGGACACUCCGGCCGAAAGGGUCGCGGCCGAGGCGGAGGCAUCGGAGAGGCCGACGAAAAGGGCCCUCCCUCUUCUCUUGGAGGGUGAGGAUGAGGAGGAAGUCCCCUCUGUGAUUGUGAGUGAGGCCCCUCCUGUGAUCGCCCCGACAACGAGCGCCGAAGUUGUUGUCAUGGGGGCGCCAGUUGCCGAGGCGACCACUGCAGAGGCGUCAGGCACCGAGGUGAUCGUUACUGAGGUGCCGGACGCUGGGAUGGCCGUCAUAGAGGCACCGGCCGAUGAAGCAGUCACUCCUGAAUCGCCGGCUGGUGAGGCGACCGAAGCAGAGGCAACGGCUGGUGGUGAUGGCUGUGCCCCUCCCAGACCAUUAUCGCCUUCGUCCCCGGCUCUUAUUAUACCGAGCUCGCAGGUUGUCCCGGCCGUCAUGUCUAUGCCUCUGGCCCCUACGUCCCAAGAAUCGACGGUCGCCACUGAGCUCGCAAUGGUUGAAGCUACAGCCACUGGUGCACCGAGCCCGCCGCCGGUCUCUUCGACGGUCUUGACCGAGCUCGCAGUUGCAGAAGUCCUUGCCGCGCCGUCGGUCGCUGAAGAGCCUGCCUCCUCAGAUGACCUUGCCGAACUGUACACUAGCCUCCAUGAGGAGGGAAGCAGCUCGGCCUCAGCCCCUUUGGACGAGGAUUCCAGGGCCACUGUUGAACGGCUCUGA